UCUUGAUUUCGGUCCUGGUGGCAGCACCUUCGUCGGUCAAUAUUCACCAUGCUAAAAAUCUGGUCUAUGAAACAACAGCAGCAGCAAGCUGAAAAUGCUGAAGGCGCUGCAGGAAAGAAGAAGAAGAAGGUUACAGCUGCUCAGCUGCGUGUUCAGCGAGACCUUCAAGAACUCACCCUCGGAAGCACAAUGAAAAUGGCGUUUCCAAACCCUGACGACAUCUUGAAUUUCACACUGACCAUUGAGCCGGACGAGGGCAUGUACAAGGGUGGCUCAUUCAUCUUCACCUUCGCCGUCAACCAGAACUUCCCGCAUGACCCGCCGAAAGUCAAGUGCACGCAAAAGAUUUACCAUCCAAAUAUUGACCUGGAGGGGAAUGUUUGUCUGAAUAUUCUGCGUGAAGACUGGAAACCCGUGCUGAAUCUGAAUGCAGUCAUCGUGGGCAUGCAGUUCCUUUUCCUUGAGCCGAACGCUUCCGAUCCGUUAAAUAAAGAGGCUGCUGAGGACCUGCGACAGAACCGCGACCUAUUUAAGCGCAACGUCCGCAAUUCAAUGGCUGGUGGAAACGUUCGUGGUGUUACAUUUGAUAGGGUUCUACGAUGAUGCGGCGGGUGUGCGGCAGCCAUAUAAGAAAACGCUGUCUUGCCGGCUCUUCCUCUCUUCUAGGCCGGAUGGAGAUAAGUCUGGG